AUGAAAGUCUGUGUUUUUUUACUCAUCAUAAUCACCAAUGGGAUUUUGCUGCUUCUUCCUGCUCUGGGAAACUUUGGAAACAGACAUUUCAAUAAAUGGUUUCAAGUGGAAAUAAGAGAUAUUGAGCAGUGCUGGGUACAGCCUCCAGCAGUGUAUUGUAGAAGGAAGUGCACCAAAACACGGAGUUGUUUAUAUUUAAACCACACAUGCUGCUGGACCUUUUGUGGAGAAAUCUGUUUGGACAAUAGACUCCAGGGUUAUCCCUGGCCACCUGCCCAGGGUGCUAACAAAGUGGAUGUCAGAUAG